AUGAUCUACAGUAACCUCGGAAGAUUAGAGAUCUGUAAACGCCAUCGACCCCGCAUUAUGGUACAACCCUCAAAUUCUUACUCGCCGCGCGUUUGCACCGGUGACAAGCACCAAGAGCCUCCCGUCAGACUACGCAAAUUCCUCCUUGCGUCCACAACUCUGCGGAGGCCAACACGGCAAACAAUUUAUGCUCAGGCCAGCGACUGUGGCGUUGCAAAAUAUCAGGAAUCAAACACAUAUUAUUGCGAUGAAGAGAAGCUUCUAAUACUUGCUACUGCUCUCAGACGCACACCGCAAAGCGAACCGCGCCCACAAGCCUAUGUCCGUGACUAA